AUCAGCAUGGCGGACGGUCGCAGCAGUGGCAGCGCCGGCGAUACCAAGCCCAAGCGCAAAGUCAAGGUCGUUGCGUCACGGUAUGCGCAGAGCUUGAACAUUCCAGCGCGACGUCAAGCUGCGGCGCCGCCGCCGGCCCCAGCGUCGACAUCGGCAGCACCUGCUCCAGCUCCAGCACCGUAUGCACGAGCUACAUCAGCAAAACGCACGGCUCUGGCCCCGACACAAGCGCCCGCGCCUGCCGCACCGUUGUCUGGCAGCGUGGCCGAGCGGCUGCAGGCCUUUCGCCAAAAGAAGGCUGCGCACGAGCCAACACGGACACCGACAAAGGUCGUCAAGAAAGCGCGCACGGAAGCAACGACGAGCUCUACGCGUCUCGACGUUGCGGCGCCGCCCAAACAGUCCCAGGCGCCAACGACGUCCGCCAAGGACACGGAGCAGGAGACGAUUGAGCUCCAUGAAUCGCUCUACUACCAGCUCUGCUACGUCGAGCGCUUGGCGGACCAAGCUUUUCAAAAGCAAGAGGCCGACGCCAUGGCCCAGCUCGCGGCUGUCUUUGCCGUCGUCCACGAGAAGACCAAGGCCCUCCACAGCAUGGAGCGGCGCUGGGCCCAUGAGCGCAAAAUGUUUCAUUUGCACUCGCACCUCCAAGACCAUGGCGCGUCACUGGGGCACUUGCCCGAGCUCUUUAAAGCCUACGGGGACCAAAUUCGCGAUCUCUCGAGGGCCAUUGGCGCGACGCUGCAUCGCCUGCCCAUGUCCGAUGCCCAUUGCUCGCCCUCGGCGCUGGACGCAGCCCUUCAGGAGCUCACACGCACACUCGAGUACACGUUGUCGUCGACACUGCCGACGUGGGCCACGCCGAUCGCGACACUAGCAACGCACGGCGCCAGUCUGCACACCAACGUGGCGCAGCUCGAUGCGCUCUUCGUCGAGCUGCAAGCACUACUAAGGCAACUCGGUGCGGUGUCAGACAAGGCGCGGAGUCAGGUCAUUGGGCGCCUCGAGCGCCAGACCGCACUGGAUGGCCUCGUCGUACCAUAGAAGAGAGAGUGGUCAUGGCCGUCAUGGACGACACGCUACAACGUGUUGUCGAGUUAAUAUCUACAACUACCUACACGACCGAGCUGUUGCGCUGGAG